CUAUUUUUUUCUCUUUCCUGAAUUCUUCCCUUGCUCUAGGCCUCCUCUUCUAUUUAUUCAAGUAUUUCCCAAAAUUCGAUUGCCCUCUUCGAUUUCUUGGUUGUGCUGAUUUCCCUUCAACUUGGGGGCGAACUAGAGCAGAAAAUGGAUGUUUUCCUCGAUCCUAGCACUGGAUGCCUUACUUCCAUACGUAUCUGCAUUUUUAAUUCCCCCCCUCCUUCCAUUUUCUCCUCUGUCCUACUUGUACAUAUCUUGCAUCGUACAUCCCAUCACUGUCUUUAAUUUUUUCUCUCGCAUUGUUGGGUGUUGUUUUCCUUCUGUGCCUAUAAUCAUGGAAAGAUAUUUUUAUAUUCCCUCUCCCUCCUCGUUACUCUUAGAAGAAUUGGACUGGCUGUUUUGCUCGAGACUUAUGUGAUGACCUGUGUUUUUCAUAUCUUCAUUCGAUAACUUUACCCUGCUUCUUUUCUUUUGUUUUUUUUUUUUUUUCAAAAUCUAUCCUCGCGUAUGGUGAAACGUGGACAUUGCAGUUGUAACAGAGGUGCGAAGUGGGUUUUGCGUGUGGCCGGAUGUGAGGCAACUUUGCUUCAGAAAAAGUCUUCUAUAUGGUUUUAUGCGACUCUUUUCUACACCAUUGAAGACAUUACGUGGAGCUAGUCGAUCACUGAGAGUUAAUCGAUUCUGCAGUGUAGUGACCAUGUCUUCCACAUUGCAAAUUGAAUUGGUGCCGUGCCUCCGGGACAAUUAUGCAUAUCUCUUACAUGAUGAAGAUACAGGGACAGUGGGUGUUGUUGAUCCUUCGGAAGCUGUGCCUGUUAUUGAUGCUUUGAGCAAGAAAAAUCGUAAUUUGACAUACAUACUGAACACUCACCAUCAUCAUGACCACACUGGUGGGAAUGUAGAGUUGAAAGCAAGGUAUGGAGCAAAGGUGAUUGGUGCAGGGGUAGACAGGGAAAGGAUUCCUGGUAUUGAUAUUUAUUUGAAUGGUGGAGAUAAGUGGAUGUUUGCAGGCCAUGAGGUGCUUAUAAUGGAGACACCUGGUCAUACCCAAGGUCACAUAAGCUUCUAUUUUCCUGGAUCUGGAGCAAUUUUUACUGGGGACACUUUGUUCAGCUUAUCAUGCGGCAAGCUCUUUGAAGGAACCCCUGAGCAGAUGCUCGCUUCUCUAAGAAAGAUCAUGUCAUUGCCAGACGAUACAAGUAUAUACUGCGGUCAUGAAUACACGUUGAGCAAUUCAAAGUUUGCACUAUCUGUAGAGCCAUCAAACAAAGAACUUCAUUCCUAUGCAGCCCAUGUAGCCCAUCUUCGGAAUAAGGGCUUGCCCACGAUUCCAACCACCCUGAGGACGGAAAAGGCUUGCAAUCCAUUCCUUCGUACAAUGAGCGCAGAAAUUCGGCGGUCUUUAAACAUUGCAGCCGCAGCAGAUGAUGCACACGCCUUAGGUGUCAUCCGCCAAGCAAAAGAUAAUUUUUAGGCCUUUUUCAGUUUGAAAUUAUAAAAUUCUAAUUCUAUAUAUGCUUAUUCUGUAUAGAUUAGGAUAAUGAAUCUAUCUCGAAUAAUUGUUCCUUGAUGCUAUGUCUUUGUAGAAAUUUUGUGGAUGCUUCAUUUGAGUCCAAAUGAGAGUGAUAGCGCCAGAUUAGAUUUGGGUCUGUUGGCAUGGUGGGCUUCAGAAUGAUUUACUGGCUGAAAUGCUCAAGAAUGAUCUGUAUAUGUCGCUAUAUUAUUCAUAUAUGGUGGGAUAGAAUGUUGUCUUUCUA